GCCAGCAGGCAACAUCACCUGCAGAGCGAAACAACGCUGGAUUUCCUGAGUGGGGCUUCGGAAACAGACACCCUCCUUGUUUUGUUUGUUUUGUUUGUUUUGUAUCAGAAGGAUACUGCAUGUAGAAGAAUUCCCUCAAGUGUCUUUUCGGUGUUUUGUCUCGGGAAAAGAGGCGCGCAGUUUUGUCCUUCUUGAGGACGGGACCUUUUGAAGCAGCAACAAUGGACCGCGUUUCCGCUGGGAAUUCACUCCCGGAUCCGUGCGGUGCACACGCAUGGGGACUGUAGUGUUACCAGCCCAGUUUGCUUAGCGGUUGAGCAGUGUUUUACUGUGCCGGGGAGGUCGGCACUUGGAGCCCGCGAUGCCCGCGAGGAACAGGUACAACCUGGUGGAUGAUGUGGCGGACUCGAGGGUGCCGCUCCACAACGAGGAGGCUUACCAGCAUGGGAUAUAUUUCCAAGCCAAGUACGUGGGUAGUCUUGACGUGCCCAGGCCCAACAGUCGGAUGGAGAUUGUGGCGGCUAUGAGGAGAAUCAGGUACGAAUUCAAGGCCAAGAACAUCAAGAAGAAAAAGGUCAGCAUUGUGGUGUCUGCGGAUGGGGUCAAGGUGAUGAUGAGGAAGAAACAGAAGAGAAAGGAAUGGACAUGGGACGAGAGCAAAAUGCUGAUCAUGCAUGAUCCAAUAUACAGGAUUUUCUACGUAUCACAUGACUCCCAGGACUUAAAGAUCUUCAGCUACAUAGCAAGAGAUGGCUCCAGUAAUUCCUUCAGAUGCAACGUCUUCAAAUCAAAGAAGAAGACGCAGGCCAUGCGUAUUGUGCGGACAGUAGGUCAGGCGUUUGAGGUGUGCCACAAGCUCAGUCUGCAGCACGCUGAGCAGGACGCUGACGGACAGGCUGAUGGAGAAAGUGACAAGUCAACAGAGGAGCCCAGCAGCCACGGUCGUACACUGACAGGAGCAGAGCGAGGGGAAGAAGAGCAGGACAGCAAACACGAGGGAAGGCGAGCAGGGGAAGCUCCUGCAGCUGCUGCUUCUCUGUGUGAGAAGGCGGUGAGCGAAAUUCUGCAGAGCUUGGCUGAACUCAACGUCGUCAAACCUGGACAGACUAUCAUGGACUUUGAACGAAGGUCACUCUUCACCGUGACAUCCCGAGGCAUUACUCCCAGCAGGCCUUGCUCGCCGUCUCUUACUCCGCUGGCGUCACAGCACUACCUGCAGCUUCUUCAGCAGCAACUGCAGCAGCAGCAGCAGCACACACAGGUGGCUGUUGCUCAGGUACAGCUGUUGAAAGAUCAGAUGGCAGCAGAGACCGCUGCUCGCAUUGAGGCUCAGGCCCGCGUCCACCAGCUGCUGCUGCAGAACAGGGAUUUGCUGCAACACCUGACCCUGCUCGUGCAGCAGCUGAAAGAGCUGGAGGCGCGCGCCCUGAAAAUAACACAACCGGGGCAGCCACAACAGGAGCCACAAGCUAAUGGACACGAUGGCCAACAGUCAUCUGGUGGCUCAAUUUCAGCAUCAGCGAGGUCCCUGUCCUUAAAUCUGAAGAAUCACUACAGUCAGACCCUGGACCAGCUCAUCACCUCCACACCCGCAUGGCCGCUCGAAACCUCACCCCUCACAUCCACCCAGGUGGACUGUGCUGAGUCCUACCUCAACCUGCUCAACCUGGAGAGCGGCGCCAAACCGCCAGCCUCAGUCAACAACGACCUGGACCCGUUCAUCAGAGCGAAUGGCGCUGCGGAAGACAAGGAGAGCUCCGGCAAUGAGAUUGUCCCGUUCACGCCAAGGAACUCUGCCAACAUGGAUGAAAAGUGUAAGCAGAUAAUCCCCAAACUCGACCCUCCCCCACCUUCCAUGAACCGCAAGAGAGCUAGCAGAACAUUGUCUCCGGGGUCAGAGGUCACAGUUGCGCCCACGCCCGUGGAGGUCACCUCUAAUGACGCGGCCCCUAGCCGCAGCAGCAGCGUCUCAUUCCCGGACAUCACCCCCAGCUCGCUGUCAUCUGCUGACUUCCAUUCCCUGAGCAAUGGCGAGAGCAGCUCCUCCUCCGCCAGCGAGGACUCGGGCGUGCGCUCCGAGACCAAGUCCCUGCUGUCGCCCCUGCGGGACGAUGAUGACCUGUUCGGGGACCGCGGGACGUUUUUAACGGCCUCCAGCGGCUGUAACAGUCCUCUGGAGGAGAGGGGCGAAACUGUUCUUUCGUCUCCUGAGUCAUAUCCUGCCGAAGCCCCCACCCUCACCUCACGGUCGGACACUUGUGGCCACCCACUGCCCUUCUCCUCCCCUGUGAAUGAUACCUGCCUUCACAUCAGUUUUUCUGAGGACGAGCUGCUGGAGAGCAGCCAAGAAGACCCUGGUGUCCCUCAGCGGAGUUAGGAGCUAUUGCUCCCCUGGAGAACUUUCAUCAUCUUCUGCAAUCAGCUUUUAAUCCAAUAUUUACUGUCAGACCCUCCUAUGUUUGCAGUGGGCUCCAUUUCAGGACUUUUAAUUGUUCCACCCACUUGUGACACAGAACAGGCAUACAGUAGCUGAUACCAGUUCCUGGAAAGUACUCUAUUGUACAAGUGAUUAGCCUGUGGACAGAUUUAGUAUUUUUGUAAUAAAAUAACGGUCUAAUUUACUUAUUAGUGACUAGAAUGUUAAGCAGAAUACAUGUAGCACCUCUUGCACUGUUAGUCACACGUAAUUUAGCGUAGAAUUCAAAGACAAUAAGGGAACACACUUUAUUUUUGCUAGUAGUCGACGUUAAAACGUUAUUUUGUAUGAUGGUUCACUGUGGUACAAACUAAAGACUGAUCAUGCACAAUGACCAUGCAAGUGUCGGUGAUGUUGGGAGGAGCCUCGAUUUCUGCAAAGCACCCGACAGGAUGACGGGAGGAGAGAAAAGAACAGGAAAGUCAGUAAAAUGGAAAAUGAGAUCUAGUUGUGUUGUGGUCUGUGCAUAGCAUGACUGUGCAUUAUGUUUUUGUACUCUGAGAGGUUAGUGGGUUUUCGAAUGUGUUUUUUUUUUUUUCCUUGCAUUUUGGAGGCCUUAAAGCACAGCUGGGAGAAUUAGCGGAAUGGCUGCAGGUAUGCUGUGUACUGAAUCGAUUUGUUUUGGAUGCAAGCCUUUAAAACCAAAAGGGAUUUUUGAAUUAAAUGCAUUUUCUUUUUGAGAAACUCAACAUAAAACUAACUACCAUGAAAGUAAUGGAUUGUGCCUGUGUGAGUGGGGAGUCUGUUACAAGAUACUAAAUGGGGAGAUAAUUGGGGAAUCAGAGAGGACCUUGGAGAAAGACAGCUCGGCAGAUGGAUUUUCUCUUCUCUGCCUCUAUCUUUGUGAAAUCAUGAAUACCGAACAAAUCUGCUUUGGUUUCCAGGGUGAAUUAACCUAAAUGGUGGGAACAUUGUUGGCAUUCGAUCAGGAGAAAAGGAGUGCAAGUGUUUUAAAAUGAAUAAAAGUAGAUAUUAGCUGCAGUCUCUUAUCCUAAGACUGCAGUUAUAAAAAAUAGUUGUAUGUACAGUAUGUGAAAUGAAAAUGCCAAAAUGUACUGCCCUAGGCUCCUCAGAUCAAAUUAAAGUGAAAAAAAAAUUCAGUAAACUGAGUUACUUUAAAUGUCUGACAUUUUAUAAAUUAAAUGAUAAAAUGUUGGAAGAAAAUGAUAGAGACAGUAAUUGCAUAAAUGGACAAUGGAAAGUUGGAGCUGUUUAACGUCACACUUAAAAAGUUCCUCCUGGCUCGUUCAUGGUGUCGAGUGGCACCUUCUGUGAGUAGAAGUGAACAUGAAUGGACAUGAGGGGUAAAGCAUACGAGGUGAGGCGGGGGUGUGAAGCUGUGGAAAUGAGGCUUUUCCCAACAUUAUGUAUGGCAGGGAGCUUAACAGCAAUAACACGUGGAUGAAAA